CUUAAUUAAUCUAACUCCCUCGAUAAAAAGUCCCUUUAUACAGCAGCCACAAAGCACAUGUGAAGUAAAAUUAUUAGAGAGAGAGAGAAAAAAAAAAAAAAGAUAGCUAGCCAACCAGUUUCAAAUAAUCUCUCUCUCUUUCAAACAGCUGCAAAUCAAAUAGUCUAAACACAGAAAGACAUAUAGAGAGAAAUAUGGGAAGAGCUCCUUGCUGUGACAAGGCAAAUGUGAAGAAAGGGCCAUGGUCUCCUGAAGAAGAUGCUAAACUCAAAGAAUUUAUCGAUAAAUUCGGUACUGGUGGGAAUUGGAUUGCUCUACCUCAAAAAGCGGGUCUGAAAAGAUGUGGAAAGAGUUGCAGAUUGAGGUGGCUUAAUUAUCUGAGGCCUAAUAUAAAGCAUGGAGAAUUUUCAGAUGAAGAAGAUAGAAUAAUAUGCACACUCUAUGCAACCAUUGGUAGCAGGUGGUCAAUCAUAGCAGCCCAAUUACCAGGAAGAACAGACAACGAUAUCAAAAACUACUGGAACACAAAGCUCAAGAAAAAACUCCUCAUGGCUACCUCCAAAUUAUUUUCACCCAACAACACAUUUCAACCCCAAAUUUCUCUUCACAAUCAACCCCAACUAUCUAGCCAAAUUUACACCCCAAACGUUCACAAUUAUCAAAACUCAUUCAAUUUGCAGUCAAACCCCCAAAACCUAAAUUUCAUGUCCCUCAACUAUGCCAAUUUUCCACUACCCACCACACAAAACCCUAUCUGUUACUUCCAUCAAAUCCAAGAUGGUAGCAAUUUAGUUGAUUUUCAGUACAAUUUUCCCGGGAAAUCCGAAAAUAGCGUCAUUAACGAGAAUAACUUGUUAGUUUUCGGAGGGAAAAAUGAAACGAGCCGUACUUCUUCAUCCGAGGGGAGUUGCUCUAACAAAAUCGGCCAUCAUCCUGUAAAAACGGAAGAUCUAAUGGCGGGUUGUGAUGAUUUUCAUUACUUUUUACCAGAAAAUUAUCAAAAGAGUUUGUUGAUUAGGGAUGACGAUAACGCGGCAUUUGGUAAUCUGCCAAACAGGGCCUUAGAGUGUGAUGAUCUGGCGCAGGUCAAAGGGUUUGAUAGCGCUGGGGGUAAUAAUUACGGCGGUAAUUUUUUGCUGGGUGACGUUAUUAACCGUGAUGAUGACGGUGAAAACAAGUCUCACGACUACAAGGGGUUUUACUAUUAA